UAAGGAUCCCAGAUGACUUUGCGUCCUGACCAAUAUCUGACAUAUAUAUAAGCACGUCACUGCCCAUUUACUUCGUUCCUGCCUUUGCAAAAUGGAUACCGGAGGGAAAAAGAAGAAGAAGGAAGGCAAGAAGACACUGACAUUAGAUCAGUUUCUUGCCCAAAAUGAUGGCUUCUCAGAGCCUAAGAGUCAAAAUUGGGCUCUUCUAUCAGAGAAUCCUGAUGAUGAUUAUGAAGUUCCGAUUAAAUUUGAUCGCUCAACUUUACCUACUGCCCCUAAGGCAGCCAUGGGGCCAAAGGUGGACAUAUCUCAAAUUCCAAAGGAUGGACCUUAUUCUGCUUAUGUGGGAAAUAUCUCAUAUGAUGCCAAAGAGAGUGAUUUAUCAGCCCUAUUUAGUAAAUUAGAGGUUGAAAUGGUUAGAAUAAUAACUGAUGGAGGGCGUCCACGAGGCUAUGCUUAUGUGGAUUUUAAAAACAGAGAAUCUCUUUUGGAGGCUUUAACUUACAAUGAAAAGGAGUAUAUGGGUCGCUCAAUUCGUGUUGAUCUGGCCACAGAAAAAAACCAAGAGGGUCGUGGUGGUGGUGGUGGUUUAGGAGGUGGACGCAGCAAUGAACCUGACAGGACAGAAGGGGACUGGAGGAGGCGUGAACCUGCCAGCUUAGAUAGUAGUAGCAGAGAUUCUGACAGAGGGGCAAGAUAUGGGGACAGGGACAAAGGAAGUGGUGGUUUUGAUAAAGAAAGAGGAAGUAGAGGAUUCAGUGACCGUGGCUUUGGUGGUGAUCGUGACAGAGAUCGUGGUUUUGGAGAUCGUGACAGGGAUAGAGGAUUUGGAGGAGACAGAGAUAGAGGCUUCGGAGGAGACAGGGAGAGAGAUAGAGGCUUUGGAGACAGGGACAGAGGUUUUGGAGGAGACAGGGAUCGAGGCUUUGGAGGAGACAGAGACAGGGAUCGAGGUUUUGGAGGAGAUAGGGAUAGGGAUCGAGGUUUUGGAGGUGAUAGAGGGUAUGGUGGAGAUAGAGGUUUCAGUGAUAGAGACAGGGGUGGAAGCAGCUACAGUGAUCGUGAUCGAGGAUAUGGUGGUGAUAGAGAUAGAGGGUAUGGUGGAGACAGAUCUAGUCGAGGUUAUGGUUUUAAUCGUGAUAAAGAGGAUGGUGGUCGCUUUGGAUCAAGGGGAGGUGGGAGCAGUGGUUUUGAGGACCGCUAUGGAGGUAGAAGAGAUGAUAAUCGUAGAGAAGACUUUCAAAGAGGCAGAAGAGAAGAUAAUACAGAAAGACCUACUGGAAGCAGGGAUGGCAGUCAAGAACACAGAGAUGGUCCAAAGGAGCGUCCAGUUUUGAAUCUUAAACCUCGUACUAAACCUGUUGAGAAUAAAGAAAAUCAACCUGCAGCAAGGUCUUCAAUAUUUGGUGCUGCUAAACCUGUUGACACUUAUGCCAGAGAAAAACAGAUUGAAGAGAAGUUAAAACAUAAAGAUGAAGUUGAUCAUAGUCAUACAAGUCAUAGAAGAGAUUCAGAUUCAGACAGAGGCAGAAGAAGUGGAGACAGCUAUGGAGGUGACAACAGGCGGCUUAGUGGUGAAAGAUCAGCACCUAUUUCAAGAAGAGAUAGUGAACAUUCUUAUACUUCUGAUGAUGGAGGAGCUAAAGAGGAAUGCAAAUCCCCAUCUUCUGUGAAAUCAAAUGAGCCUGCUCCUAAACUUGUGCCAGCCCCACCACCCAAAGAUAACCCAUGGAUGAAAAAGAAAGAUGGUGGUGCUCUAUCAUCUUCAUCAUCUAACACUUCUAAUGUAUCUAACAAUGCAAUACCAGCAGAGAAAAAAGAAAUUACACCUCCAAAACCUUCAAAUGCCUGGGGAGAUUCAAAAGGUAGAGGAAGAGGUGGGUCUGCAAGAUCAGAUGGGAAAAAACCUACUGACAAGCUUAGCCAGAAUGGUCCUCCUACAAAGCGACCAGACAUCUCAAAGUCAAAACCUAAAGAAAAGUCACUUCCUAAAUCAAUAGAUGAAAUGCCUAAAUAUGAGGAGACCAAAACAAAGGAUUUUUCUGAUACAAACAAAUUUGCAUACUUGAAUGAAGAUGAAGACAGUGGCAAUGAAGAACUUUCUUGAUUGUAUAGAAAUGUAGAUACAUGUACAUGAAAGUGGUUUUUUUGAAAGCAUGUGAAAUGUGUGAUGGCUUUUUUUUUCCAAAUGAUUAAAAAUACACACUGACCUUAUUUGUGCGUGUGUAUACACAUAAAUACAUAUGAAUGUAUAUACACAUUCAUAUCUUAGAAAUUAAAGGUAAUGAGUGUUACUUAUGAAUUCAUUGAAUGGAACAAAUGUAAAGAUAAGAGUUCUGCUUCCAUUCUAAUUGACAUGCCUAGGUGUGGUCCCACUUGUGCAUGAAGGUUGUAAUUGUUUAAACAUUACUUAGGUUUAAACAUGAUUUAUUACAGUAGUGUUAAGGAUCUACAAGCUGUAAGGCAACUAACAAGUACAUUACUAAGUUAUACACUGAUGCACAGUCAUUUCAUAAUUCUUAUGACUAUUUAUAUUUAUUGUUGUAUUGGAAAAGUUUUUUUUUUAAUUUAAAAUAUUUAUGCCUUUUAAAUAUGUAUGAUUAAAAUCAAGAAUGAAUAGAAAAAAGUGAUAAUUUUUUUGUGGGGUUAGGUAUUUUGACUUGUUCAAUCAAAUUAAUGGAACAGGGAUGUUUACUUUUGUAUUAAUGAAAACCAAAGUUUAUAUGGAAGAUUAAUUUUUUUUGUUCUUUUUUAUUUGUUGUGGGUUGUUUUAGCUUCGACAAUUCCUUUUAACGGGAAAUAGUAACAUGCCAGUUUGUAGUGCAUUGAGCUCAUUUUAAAAGACAAACUUAAUUUUUGAAUUCUGUUUUUAAAAACCAAAUUAUAUUUUUUGAUGUUAAUAUUUUUUCAUAGAAUGUCUACUGUAUUACAAUAACUGAUUUAGAAAAAUCUGAUGAAAAUAUAUUUAAGAUAUAAAUUUUUAAAACAUCAGCCAUUGUAAUACAUUAAAACAUUUUUUUUAUAAUCCACAAAGAAAUGGAAGAGUUGUAGGCUUCCAUUUUUGUUUUCAAUUUUUAAUUAUGUUUAUAGAGAAGCAGGGGAUUUCAUGUAUUCUUAAUUCUAAGAUACCCAGUAACUCCUCAUCUAGACAGUUUGAUGCUGUAUAUUCUAACUUUAGUUACAUAAACUGUGCUGUUAUCUCUUGCAUGUUAUUUUGAAUACAUUGUUAAAUAAUUCAGAAACAGAUGGCUGGUUUCUGAAACACUUUCUUCUUUGUUUGUAUGACAUAAUCAAAUAAAUGUAUAACUUGAUUCAUCCUUGUCAAUAAAAUUCCUUCUGUUGUUUUUAAAUCUAUGAUCAGACAGCUUUAUCCAGAAAAUAUUUUUGAGCUAUCUCAGCUAUUUUAAAAUGGUAAAACAUUAAAAUUAUGUAAAACAAUCACUUCUUGUUCUCUUAUUAUAACAAGCAUAAUUUACUUUUUUCCAUGUCACUUGGGGUACUUGGUAUAUGAUAAAUUAUCAGUUAAUCUAUAUAGAUUUAGACUACUUUUAAUGUUCUGCCUUUCUUCAUUAGUAGUGUAUGAACAAGUAAAUAUGAGAAACUUGACAGAGUACAGCACUUUGUUCUGUCAUGUAAUUUUUAAUUCAUUGUACAUAUCUCCUGACAAUAGGUACCUUCAGCAUACAAUUAUUGAUUGGCUUUUCUGUAUGGAUGGUCAAUUCUCAGCUACAAACCACUCAUUGUUCCAUAUGUUGAUGAAUGUGUGGGUUGAUGGUUAACCCAAUUUUUCCUGUCUUGAAAAAUAUGUGACAUGCCUAUGGUUGGAUGAAAUUAGCUUGUUCAAUAAAAUUCAUGUUACCCGA